GUAGAAUUUCAAAAAUUACUUCAGCAUCUAAUUUCUUCUAUGCAAAAUUAGGUAUAAAUAGAGGAAGAUUUUCAUUCUUGAAGCAUUCGCUUGUUGAGCGUUCAAGAAGUAAAGAUCUUCAGUGAAAUUCAGCGCUGUAAAGUUCAAAGAUUUGUGCAAUCAUGAAAUUGUCAGUCGUCGCUAUUUUCAUUGCUUGCUUUACCGUUGCAUUUGCUCACUCUUGGCAAACCUACCACCAUGCAUCACAUGAGCAUCAUGCAUCACGCCAUAAUGCGGGAAGAAGCCAUUUGGGAAACCUUUGGCAUCACGUUAAAUUGAUUGCAAGCAAUCCAAAAAGAAUCGUAGAAAAUAUUUAUUACAAUUUGUUUACUGAUGAUCACUGUCAUGGCUUAGAAUGUCCAUCAUUUACGCUGGAAAAAAGAACUGAUAAUUACGAAUUACGAUGCUACCCAGCUUAUACUUGGGUUGGAACAAGUUACACUGGUACGGAACGCACUUACAAGACUCAAAGUGAUAUGUUUUUAAGACUGUUUCAUUAUAUCGGUGGUGCUAAUCAAAACCACACGAAGAUCGAUAUGACCGUUCCCGUCGCAACAAAAUAUGUCCCUGGAGUCACUGAGUCAACGUGGACCAUGCUCUUCUUUACCCCAAUGAAAUACCAACAUAACACACCUAAACCCACAAAUCCCAAAGUCUCUAUUAUUAAAUUACCUAAAAUUUGUGUUUAUGUCAGGAGUUUUAAUUAUUACAUGAACGACAAGAAGGCGACAGAAGAAGCUGAUAAACUCGCUAGUUUGCUAACAGCUGAUGGUAUCACAGACUUCACCUCUCCCAAGAAAACCUUCUUCUCAGGCGGUUAUGACAGCAUGUUUACUCUGCCUUUCUUACGUCACAAUGAGGUCUGGCUUGUACAAACCUCAGAAAACAACUUGAAUAGUGGAAAUUUAGUUCUGAAUGACAGGGGAGGUGAAACGGCAAAGCAUCGCAAAUUUACUACAUUCUUACAAGUGUCAAAAGACUUUGAUCACGAGACUCUGGUCACGAGACCAAUGUACAAGACACAUAUACAGACGUUAAGGUUAUGUAUAGAGGAAAAUUUUCAUUCUUCAGGCAUUCGCUUGUUGAGUGUUGAAGAAGUAAAGAUCUUCAUUGAAUAUCAGUCCAAUGAAAAAUGUCAUGGUUUAGAAUGUCCAACAUUUACGUUAGAGAAAAGAACUGAUGAUUACGAAUUGCGAUGCUACCCAUCUUAUAGUUGGGUUGGAACAAGUUACAUAGUGAACACAAUCUACAAUUUCGAUAAUUGUUGUUUAGGUAAGGAGCGGUAUUGGUCGACUAAAACAAAUAUGUUUUUAAAAUUGUUUCACUACAUAAACGGUGCUAAUGCAAACCAAACAAAAAUCAAGAUGACAGUUCCUGUAGCAACAAAAAUCAUCCCUAUGGGCAGCAAGACAAUGUGGACCAUGCUCUUCUUUACUCCAAUGAAAUACCAACAUAACACACCUAAACCCUCAAAUCCCAAAGUGUCUAUUUUCAAACUACCUAAAAUUUGUGCUUAUGUCAGGAGUUUCAAUUGGUAUAUGGGAGAUAAAAAGGUGAAAGAAGAAGUUGAAAAGCUCGCAAAUUUACUAAGAAAUGAUGGUAUUACAGACUUUGCCUCUCCUGCAGCAGCCUACUUCUCAGCAAGUUAUGACAGUGAACUGACCCUACCCUUCCUACGUAACAAUGAAGUGUGGCUUAUACAAAAUUCACAAAACAAUUUGUAAUAAUGGAUACGUUUUUGUGUCUGUGUAGAACAACCUUUUAAGAACUUUAUGGGAUACUCAAAGGCAUUUAGUAUGUUUAAUAAUCAUGUAAAAGUUUUUCUGAUUUUUAAAAAACGCAAGACAAAA